UGCCUCGAAAACAUAAACACAACUACCACGUGAAGAUAUAGAUUUCGUAUCAACCCCUGGGGGGCGACGGUCUGCGCCAGAGCAUUCCGGUUGUUAUUCAAUGCGGUGUUCAAUUCGGGAACUUCGUGACCGAAAGCUUCAUCCCAAGUACGUCUGCGGGAGCUUGUAUCCGGGGCCGGUAUAGCUGGCGGAGACGGAGAGUUUUCCUCGAAGUCAUCGUCUAUGACUGAUGACGCAGGCGAUGGUGACUCUUCAAGAGGGGGGACAGCGACUUCACGGUAGCGAUCAAAGGAAACUGAGGGAACUGCAAGCCCCAAUGUUUGGUGUCAUUGUCAGUCAGCACUUCAACCCGAGGACAAACCUCCAGAUCCAUGGCCGGCUGAACAGACUCGGGCAAAAGCAUGCUGUUGUGUGGCACUGCCUCAAGGUUAAAAAUUCGAGAGAGAGUAUCUGUAGCAUUUUAUCUGUUGCCACUAAGAGUCACGCUUCAACAUUCAAUUGAAAUCAACAAAUGCAAUAUCAUGUUACGAAUGAUAAUCCGAUUAACAAAGA